UUUUCUAUACUCCUCCCUCCAAACUAUUAACAGCGUUUUUCUCUAUUUAUUAUUUAUUUAUUUUUUGUCUGCAAAAUUUUGUGGGAGAAAGUUGAGCGAGAAAAUUCGGAAAUGUCGAAUUUCUUGAGCAGCACUAAUCCAAACCCUAACAAAUCGUUUGAGGUGAAUCAGCCUCCCACUGAUUCCGUUUCCAGUCUCAGUUUCAGUCCCAAAGCGAACUUCCUCGUGGCCACUUCCUGGGACAACCAGGUUCGUUGUUGGGAAGUAGCACGGAAUGGUAACAAUGUUGCCACUGUGCCCAAGGCUUCUAUAACGCAUGAUCAUCCGGUUUUGUGCUCUACAUGGAAGGAUGAUGGCACGACCGUCUUCUCUGGGGGAUGUGACAAGCAAGUGAAGAUGUGGCCUCUAUUGUCCGGAGGCCAACCAAUGACUGUUGCCAUGCAUGAUGCACCCAUAAAAGAAAUUGCUUGGAUUUCUGAGAUGAACCUUUUAGUCACAGGAAGCUGGGACAGGACUAUGAAAUACUGGGAUACAAGGCAAUCAAAUCCAGUGCACACACAGCAACUCCCAGAGCGCUGCUAUGCAAUGACUGUGAGACAUCCUCUGAUGGUUGUAGGCACUGCUGAUAGAAAUCUCAUUGUUUACAACUUGCAAAAUCCUCAGGUUGAAUUCAAGAGAAUUGUUUCACCCUUAAAGUAUCAAACAAGGUGCCUUGCUGCAUUCCCUGAUCAACAAGGUUUCUUGGUCGGAUCAAUAGAAGGAAGAGUUGGGGUGCAUCAUUUGGAUGAUAGUCAGCAGGGUAAAAACUUCACUUUUAAAUGCCACAGAGAGGGGAGUGAAAUAUAUUCAGUCAACUCUUUAAACUUCCAUCCUGUACACCACACAUUUGCAACUGCUGGUUCUGAUGGUGCUUUCAAUUUUUGGGAUAAGGAUAGUAAACAGAGGCUCAAGGCCAUGUUAAGAUGCAGCCAACCUAUUCCUUGCAGUACCUUCAACAAUGAUGGUUCAAUAUUUGCUUACUCAGUCUGCUAUGACUGGAGUAAAGGGGCAGAAAAUUAUAAUCCUGCAACAGCCAAGACCUACAUUUUCCUGCACUUGCCCCAGGAAUCUGAGGUUAAGGGCAAACCUCGCAUUGGUGCUACUGGUAGAAAGUAGGAGAUGAUCCUGCUCCGGGAUAUUGUUCUAUUAUGUAUAUAGUUGGCUAAUGUUGGUAUAUCAUGGAGGCAAGGUAUUGGUUGAUAUCGAAAUAUAAAAGCGGGCUGGGCUGUGCGUACUUGGAAAAAAUUAUCAAAAAAUGCUUGAUGAAAAAUUGUCUCCAAUGUAUGUAUGUGGUGGGUGUAUUUGGUUUGUAUUUUGCCAGUUAUAAGAUCGAAGUUGUCUGUUUUAUACAGUGAAGCACCUGCAAGUAGGAUUUUUCGUGGUUCUGUAAGAAAUUGGACGGUUGUAGCAUAUGAUUAAUUGUCAAAUUUGGAACUGUAGGGUUUAGAAAAUAGCGACUAAAUUUAGUAGUAUAAAGGCUUUACCCUUCCAGCAUCUUUAUUUGCGAGAAUUAUAUGGAUGUUCGUUCAUUUAAUUCAUUUAUGUUGAAGGUAUCUUGUGAUUGCCAGAUAGG